AUGGCUGCUGAAGAGAAACAACUCUGUAAAGAGGCCGCCGAGAAGAAAGCAGCAAAUAAGUCGAAGUAUGCCAACCCACACUUGUCUAAGUAUGCGCGCUGGUUCGAUGAAUGUAAGGACCACCUCUUUCUUCGUCAAUUCUUCACCGAUAUAGAUGAUGGUAUGCAAAUAGAAUUCUACUCGGCAAAAACCAAUGAGAAGGGUUACAAGACGUUCUGGACGAAAAAGUACUCACGCCCUGACGAAUCUCCUACUAAUAAUCCUAAUAAUACCGCGUCGACGAUUAAGGCCACCAAGUAUCUUUAG